UCAUGUUGCACAAACCUCAUGGAUGUGAAGUCUCGCGGUGUUUUGCUCCGAGAUCCCGCUCCAUCUCCCAGGGGAAAAGCAGCGACUCUUACAGAGCGCGGACUCAGCUGAUCCAACAAGAGGAGAGGAGCUGGAAAAAAAGGAAUGUAGCACAAAUGCAUGACUGGCCCGGCCUCUCGCAGUCAUGCUUUGCCUGAUCCGACUAGAGAGGCUUCUGAAGCGACCGGGUCCAUAAACACACUCAGAUGGAGCUUCUGUUUUCCUUUUAACCUCGUAGUGGACUCAAACCUCCGAUCGAUGCAGAGGAAAAGGACCUUGGUAUCUGUUUUAAUCAGCUGCCAUGGCGAUGCUCUGUAGACACCCUGCAAAAUCAUAAGUCUGUUGCUAUGGUGACUCUAUAGCCAGCAGCUGUCACCAUGGGAACAUCCAGGAUGUUCCACAUUUUUGUGGCCCUGGGCUCGGCUUUUAUGAUCCUCCUCAUCAUCAUCUACUGGGAUGAUGUGGGAGCCUCUCACCUGUAUCUGUACACGCCGGUAUCCCCGGGCCCCAAGGUCCCUCACCCACCCCCGCAGCCAAGGCCCCACACCACCAGGACACCGUCCUUCCUGUCCGACAUAGACGCCUUCGUCAACCAGUUCCUGGAGCCGGGAACCGGGGAGCCCACCGACACGGUGCCGGUUGACUCCAGCAGCAACCAGUCUGAGAAGUCGGAGGAGCGCUACAUCCCCCGGAGGGAGUGGAAGAUUCACCUGACUCCAGUGGCAGCAGAGCUCAGAGAGCGGCAGGAGAAGAGGCGAAGGUUGCUUCAGGAGCUUUGCGCCAACGACAGCGUGGUGUUCCCGGGCAAAAACCGUUCGUUUGACGACAUUCCCAACAAGGAGUUGGAUCAUCUUAUCGUGGAUGACAGACAUGGCAUUAUCUACUGCUACGUUCCCAAGGUAGCCUGCAGUAACUGGAAGCGCAUCAUGAUCGUCCUCAGUGAGAGCCUGCAGCAGGAGGGCGCUCCUCAGAGAGACCCUCUGGCCAUCCCCAGGGAUCUGGUCCACAACACCAGCAUGCACUUUACCUUUAAUAAGUUCUGGAAGCGCUACGGCAAGUUUGCAAAGCAUCUCAUGAAGGUGAAGCUGAAGAAGUACACCAAGUUCCUGUUUGUGCGGGACCCUUUUGUACGUCUCAUCUCCGCCUAUAGGAACAAAUUCGAGAUGCGCAACGAGGACUUCUACCGCCGCUUCGCACAAGUCAUGCUGCGGCGCUACGCCAACCAGCCAACGCCUCCUGCCUCUGUAGACGAGGCCUUCACCCUGGGCGUCCAGCCCUCUUUUUCCCACUUCAUCCAGUACCUCCUGGACCCUCAGACGGAGAAGGACAUGCCCUUUAAUGAGCACUGGCGGCAAGUUUAUCGCCUUUGCCAUCCGUGCCAGAUUCAGUACGACUUUGUGGGCCACUUGGAAACGGCGGAGGAGGACGCCGAGCACCUGCUUCGACUUCUGCGGGUGGAUAACGUGGUGGAGUUCCCCACCUCGCAAAGGAACCUCACGGCGAGCAGCUGGGAGACGGACUGGUUCAGCACGGUGCCCAUCCAGGCACGGAGGGAACUCUACAAGCUCUAUGAGCCUGACUUCAGACUUUUCGGGUACGACAGGCCAGAGUCCCUCCUCAACGAGUGAUUCACACCAAGCUAAUGCAAACACAUAGUUUUGUAGCGAUGCAGCACUUCUUUAGAGGUUUUAAUCAUCUUCAUAAUCAUAUCUCUGCUUCACUGAGGUGCAGACGAGCAGGAAACUAAAGGAUGAACAAUCAUGGUGUCAUUUCCUCAUUAGAAGAAGCAUGCAGUUUCAGUAGAUUCCG